AUGAGUGUCAAGCUAUUCGAUGAUAUUCUGCUCAUCGGAGAUAAUUUUCUUUCCGUCAACGAUAUCGAACAAGCUUUGUCGGAAUGCAACAUACCGAAGAAAACGAUCGAAGUUUUGAUUCAAGUCUUCGAUGAGAACGAAGAUGGCCUCAUUUCCCGAGAAGAAGCAAUGAAGAAAAUAGUUCAAACUCCUGCAGGCAAGGAAAGACUGGUGGAGGAAUUCAAUGCAAUAGAUGUGGAUGGCGAUGGAGUCUUGACGUUUGAAGAGUUCUGUGAAGGCAUGAAGGACCAGAUGCCGCCAGAUGAGAUCGAGCGAGUCUAUCAUCAACUCGACAAGGACAACGAUGAGUGCAUCACGUUGGACGAGUUCAUCAUGUCUCAGAUCUUGAUGUGUCAUAGUAACCUCAAGUCCUCCCAAGUCAACAUAGAUCGCAGCACUGCCUGCUUGACCGAGGUCAUGCAAAACCUCCGCCGAGGCGACAAGAUGGGCGCUUGCAUGAAGAUGCUUCAAGAUGCUCGGAAGCGACAGCUGAUGACGACGUGGCCGUCCAAGAAGGCCCUGUACAAGAAGACGCCGCUGAGCGAGUACAAGACCAAGGUGCAGGAGAUCUACGAGUUCUACUCCAACGGCCAAGACUUCCUCGACAAAGCGGGGGUGAUCGAGGCGCUGGGCAAGUUUGGCAAGCAUGUGGACGACACGCAGCUGAGCAAGCUUCUUGCUCAAGUCGGGAGCGAGGGCGAUGCCGGCAUUGACAGGGAGCAUUUCGUGCUCAUCACUUACAAGCUCCUUGCAAAGUCAGUCAAGUCGAAAGCCGAGCAGCGACUGGCGGCAUUAUCCAAACCCAAGAACAAGACCGGAGAGCUCACCGUCGAAGACCAUCUGGAGGAGAUGGAAGCUCAAGCCAAGCAGUCCGAGGCUCAGGACAAGCCGAAGAAGUCAGACUCCAAGGGCGCAGGGAAGCUUGUGAGGAGGGCAUCGAUAUCCGGAGUUGAGAAAGCGGUGUCAAAGGAAGCAGGCAUACAACGAACCUCGUCGUCAGCUGUACACGCCAAGUCGUUUUCAAGCUUACCAAGCAUAAGGCGAACGCAAUCGAGUUCAGGAAUGGAUCAUUCUUGCAACAUUGAACAGCUGGAAAUAAAACGAACCUCGUCGUCUGCUGGACUAGCCCAAAAGACUUCUGCUGAGCCGAAAACACAGCGUGCGCAUCUUUCAGCUGUACAAGCCAAGUCGUUUUCAAGCUUACCUAGCAUAAGGCGAACACAGUCGACAUCGGGAUUUGAACGUUCCUCCAGCUCUGAGCAGCUAGAAAUACAACGAACCUCGUCGUCAGCUGGGCUAGCCAAGAAAGCCCCCCCCAAUUUACAACGAAGUCAUUCUGUCCCACAGAUCGUGACCUGCCCGAUCCGGUUCGAGUUUGACCGCCUAGACUGCAACGGCGAUGGGACGCUGUCGCACGAUGAGCUGUUUGAAGGGCUCAAGCACAGGAUGGAGCAGGAUGAGCUUGCCGAGCUUUUUGACUUCAUGGAUAGCAACGGAGACGGGAUGAUAACGUUUGAGGAGUUCUAUGAAGCGAAGAAGAAGAUCGCAGAGAAGAAGCCUCAUCUAGCGUUUUAA